AGGCCAGAAAGGAGAGAGUUGCCCCACCUGUGACUCCGCGGAGCUCCGUGGCCCCCCUGGGCCUCCGGGCCCCCCAGGACAGUCGGGGUUCCCGGGACAGCCAGGCGCCAAGGGUGACCGCGGAAUGCCGGGCAGGGACGGCCUGGGAGGCGUGCCCGGUCCACCAGGAGCACCAGGUCUCAUGGGCCAGCCGGGGGCCAAGGGUGAGCCUGGAGAGAUUUACUUUGACAUGCGGCUCAAAGGGGACAAAGGGGACCCCGGCUUCCCUGGCCAGCCUGGCAUGCCCGGACGUGCGGGCUCCCCUGGCAGAGAUGGACACCCCGGCCUGCCCGGCCCUAAGGGCUCCCCGGGCUCCGUUGGACUGAAAGGAGAACGGGGUCCCCCCGGAGGAGUGGGGUUCCCUGGCAGCCGAGGAGACACUGGCCCCCCGGGGCCCCCUGGGUUCGGCCCCAUCGGCCCUGUCGGUGACAAGGGACAGGCGGGCUUCCCGGGGAACCCUGGAUCCCCCGGCCAGCCAGGUCCCAAGGGUGAAGCUGGAAGGGUGGUGCCCUUACCUGGCCCUCCCGGUGCAGAAGGACUCCCAGGGUCUCCCGGCUUCCAGGGACCCCAAGGUGACCGGGGCUUCCCGGGUGCCCCCGGCCGGCCUGGCCUCCCGGGAGAGAAGGGAGCUGUGGGACAGCCCGGCGUGGGAUUCCCAGGACCCCCCGGCCCCAAAGGUGUGGAUGGUCUGCCCGGAGACAUGGGGCCACCUGGGAGCCCCGGGCAUCCCGGUUUCAACGGCUUACCUGGCAACCCAGGUGUUCCGGGACAGAAGGGAGAGCCUGGGGUCGGCCAGCCGGGACUGAAGGGGCUGCCCGGCCUUCCCGGUAUCCCCGGCAGCCCCGGAGAGAAGGGGAGCCUCGGGGGACCCGGUGUUCCUGGCGAGCAGGGAGCUAUCGGCCCGCCCGGCCUGCAGGGCCUCCGCGGUGACCCGGGGCCUCCCGGUCUGCCGGGUCCCAAAGGUGCUCCCGGAGUUCCUGGCAUGGGCCCACCCGGAGCGAUGGGCCCCCCCGGAGCACAGGGCCUCCCGGGUUCUUCAGGCCCCCCCGGACUGAAGGGAGAGAAAGGUUUCCCCGGAUUCCCUGGACUGGACAUGCCCGGCCCCAAAGGGGACAAGGGUUCUCAGGGGCUGCCCGGCCUCACCGGCCAGUCGGGGCUUCCAGGCCUGCCGGGCCAGCAGGGGACCCCCGGGCUCCCAGGAUUCCCAGGCGCCAAGGGAGAGAUGGGUGUGAUGGGGACCCCAGGACAGCCCGGUGCUCCAGGACCUGCGGGCUCCCCAGGAUUGCCCGGCGAAAAAGGGGACCUUGGCUUCCCGGGCUCCUCAGGCCCCAGGGGAGACCCUGGCUUCAAAGGCGACAAAGGGGACAUGGGCCUCCCGGGCAAGCCUGGCUCCAUGGACAUGGUGGACAUGGAUAGCAUGAAGGGCCAAAAGGGUGACCCAGGAGAGAAAGGACAAGUCGGACCCACCGGUGACAAGGGAUCUCAGGGAGACCCCGGGGCCGCCGGCAUGCCUGGGAAGGACGGCCAGGCGGGACACCCCGGCCAGCCAGGACCCAAAGGUGACCCUGGACUCAGCGGGACCCCCGGAGCCCCCGGGUUGCCUGGACCUAAAGGCUCCAUCGGUGGCAUGGGUAUGCCAGGGAGCCCCGGAGAGAAGGGCGUGCCUGGGAUCCCUGGCCUGCAGGGGGUGCCCGGCCUGCCUGGAGAGAAGGGGAGCAAAGGAGAGAAGGGGCAGGCGGGGCUACCCGGUGUGGGCGUCCCUGGGAGGCCUGGAGAUAAGGGAGACCCCGGUCUGGCCGGCUUCCCCGGAAGCCCCGGAGAGAAAGGGGAGAAGGGUCGAGCCGGCCUUCCCGGCGUGCCUGGCUCCCCCGGCUCCAAGGGCUCACCCGGCAGCGCUGGCUACCCAGGAAGCCCGGGAAUGCCCGGAGAGAAAGGUGACAAGGGGCUCCCAGGCCUCAACGGCGUGCCCGGCUCUAAAGGAGAAGCAGGAGUACCCGGGAGCCCUGGCUCCACGGGGCCCGCCGGGCAGAAAGGAGAGCCGGGCAGAGAUGGAUUCCCAGGGUCGGCCGGAGAGAAGGGAGAGCCAGGGCUUCCUGGAAGAGGCUUCCCCGGCUUCCCCGGCAGCAAAGGGGAGAAAGGUUCCAAAGGCGACGUGGGCUUCCCAGGCCUGGCCGGCAGUCCAGGAAUUCCGGGAUCCAAAGGAGAGCAGGGUUUCAUGGGUCCUCCGGGGCCGCAAGGACAGCCGGGGCUCCCUGGGAUGCCCGGACACCCCGUGGAGGGCCCCAAAGGAGACCGCGGCCCCCAGGGACAGCCAGGCCUGCCAGGGCUGCCGGGACCCAUGGGUCCUCCUGGGCUCCCUGGGCUGGACGGUCUGAAAGGAGACAAGGGCAACCCAGGCUGGCCGGGCUCCCCCGGCGCCCCCGGCCCCAAGGGAGACCCCGGAUUCCAGGGCAUGCCCGGCAUCGGUGGCUCCCCUGGAGUCACAGGCUCCAAGGGUGACAUGGGGCCUCCGGGUGUCCCCGGCUUCCAAGGUCAGAAAGGACUCCCCGGCCUGCAGGGCAUCAAAGGAGACCAAGGAGACCAGGGCUUCCCCGGGACCAAAGGUCUUCCAGGCCCCCCCGGACCCCCAGGCCCCUACGACAUCAUCAAGGGAGAACCUGGCCUCCCUGGACCCGAGGGUCCAGCAGGGCUGAAAGGCCUCCAGGGCCCCCCAGGCCCCAAGGGGCAGCAAGGUGUGACCGGGUCUGUGGGCUCACCUGGGCCACCUGGCGUUCCCGGCUUUGACGGCGCCCCGGGUCAGAAAGGAGAGACGGGCCCCUUCGGACCACGGGACCCCGAGGCUUCCCGGGCCCCCCCGGCCCCGACGGGCCUGCCGGGCUCCAUGGGGUCCCCCCGGCACCCCGAGCGUGGACCACGGCUUCCUGGUGACCCGCACAGCCAGACCGUCGACGACCCCCAGUGCCCGCCCGGGCACCAAGGUCCUGUAUCACGGCUACUCCCUGGCUGUACGUGCAGGGGCAACGAGCGAGCUCACGGCCAGGACCUGGGUGAGGCGGGGGCCCUGCAGCACGACCCUCCCACGUCCCCCCCAACCG